AGCACGAGCUGUUGACAAUCCCCUUCACAUCACGAACCCGUAUCUCCGUUAUCUCUCAACCGUCAGUCCAUUCUUGCGUGUUUCUUAGCCUCCAAUGCACCGCAUCUCGCUGCGAAAGCAGCUUAGAUUGCCGCACGGCGUGGGUAGUGGGCCGAUUCGCCCUGCGACCAGCAGCCCGUGGCAAUCUGGGGCGGCCAAGGUGAGGUUCCAUCAAUAUGCGCCAGGGUCGGGACGACGAGGAGCCAUCACCGGCAGUCAAUUCGGCAGCCAAUUCGCCGCGAGACCGGUGCUGAGCCGCGGAGGCGUCCCGGUGGUGACUCCGGUGCGGGCCUUCAACUCCCAGGCCGAUGCCAGCGACAGUAUCAACGACAAUGCCGACGAUGGCCCUUCGGGGACAUACAGCGAGGCCGACCACGAGCACGCCGUCAUCUCGACGUUUGAUCUCUUCUCCAUCGGCAUUGGCCCGUCCUCUUCACACACGGUGGGACCCAUGCGCGCCGGCAACAUCUUCGUCGAAGACCUGGUCGAAGCCGACCUGCUGCAAAAGGUGCACAAGAUCCGCAUCUCCGUCUACGGCAGUCUGGCCCUCACCGGCGAAGGCCACAUGACGCCGAGCGCACUGCUUCUGGGCCUCGAGGGCGCUGAUGUUGAGACGGUCGACACGGCCUACGUACCCAGCCGCUUCGCCGAGAUCAAAAAGUCCAAAAAGAUGGUUCUUGGCCAUGGGCUCCCGCAUGGUGGUGGUAGGGAGAUUGACUUUGAUUAUGAGCGCGAGUUCACGUGGGAAUGGGGUCGCAAGCUGCCGCUGCACAGCAAUGGCAUGCGAUUCUCCGUGUUUGAUAAAGACGGCAUCAUCUUGGCAACCAAUGACCUCUUCAGUGUGGGUGGCGGCUUCGUCGUCAACGGAGCGCUGUCCAUCGUGACACCCUCGCCGUCGGAUGACCAAGUCUCUCCGAGCAGCUCUGAUACUACUGGACAAGACCAUGCGGAAUCUAGCCUCGGCAAGCAUCCCGCCGAUCUAGCUGAGAAUCUGUUCUACAAGGAAAUCCGACGAUCCGAUGCGGCGGGAGAUCGCAGAAUCGGAUCUGAGAUUAAGCCACGCGAGGCUGAAUCUGAUGAGGCGGCAUUGCUCGGGUCUGGAACGGAUGAGCCGAGCACCGGUCUUGAGAAGGCCACACAAGCAGAUGUCGAGGCCACCGCUCAGGAAUCUGACGACAAGACUGCUCACCAACCUACGUAUCCAUUCCGAGACGCCAACAGCCUGCUGUCCCUUUGCAGCCGUCACAACCUGACCAUCGCCCAGCUGGUGUAUGAAAACGAAAAGAGCAACGGCUACACAGACGACGAGAUCUUCAAGAAGCUGUUCCGCAUCUGGGAGGUCAUGGACAACAGCAUCCUGGAAGGCGUCCAGGCGCCUUUGAACACGACGCUACCCGGCUCGCUCAAGCUGAAUCGUCGAGCGCCGGCGCUGUACCAGCGGUUGACAAGAGGCCUUUACCCGUCCCAGUCGCAAUCACGGGGGGGCAUGGGAGACAUGCAGCAGCAGAAGGCAAUUUCAGAGGGAGCCGGCCACAGCGAGCAAGCCAGCACGGACAUAUCCACGUACCAAAAAACCGCAACGUCGGCGGCCAUGAUGCAACGCGCUCGCCGGCCUCCUCGCGUCCACGGCUCGCUGUCCCAUCCCAUCAUGCCCUCGCCCACGCGCCGGACCUCGCUUCCCGCCAUGGACUACCUGUCGGUAUACGCCAUUGCAGUCAACGAGACCAACGCUGCCGGCGGCCGCAUCGUGACGGCGCCGACCAACGGCGCGGCUGGCAUCAUCCCUGCGGUGCUCAAGUACUUGGUGGAGUUUGUCAGUGAUGAUCCCGAGCGAGACAUCCCGACCUUUCUCCUGACAGCUGCCGCCCUGGGCAUGCUGUACAAGCGUGGAGCUACCAUUUCUGCGGCCGAGGGCGGAUGCAUGGCCGAAGUGGGCGUCGCGUGCUCCAUGGCCGCCGGUGCUUUUGCCGCCUGCAUGGGCGCUGGGCUCGAGACGAUCGAGCAGGCCGCCGAGAUUGGAAUCGAACACAAUCUCGGCCUCACAUGCGAUCCUAUCGGCGGCUUGGUCCAGGCACCUUGCAUCGAGCGCAAUGCCCUCGGUGCCAUCAAGGCCAUCUCCAGCGCCAACAUCGCUCUGAGCAGCGAGAUAGGCACGCAAAAGGUCAGGCUGGACGACGCUAUCCGCGCUAUGCGUCUCACGGCGAAGGGUAUGAGGAAUGAGUUUAAGGAGACGAGUCUCAGUGGGUUGGCUACCAGCGUGCCGCUUUACAUUCCUGUUAGUGUGCCAGAUUGCUAAGCAACUGUUUGUAUGUUAUGAGAUGCUACAUUUAUUUCCAUUGCUGCCGAUGCCUCGAGGCUCCUGUUUACAAUCUUAUCGUGAGCUCAUCUUGUAGUUCUAAUAGUAACCAUCGCCGUGUGAAUCUACCUAAUGUUAGGUCAAUUGAAAGUGGUAUUGAUAAAC